UGGCCGUGUUGCUAUCAACAUCAAACAUCCGCCAUUUGUGACAAUAAAGUAAAGCGCGGCAUAGUAAAAUAAAAUGAGCAAAAUUGAGCCAAAUCUCGAAAUAUUUGCUCCCGAGACCAUCUUGAAAACCGACGAAGACGCCGAUACUACGCAGCCACAAGAGCUGCCAUCUCCAAAUAGUACAAAGCCAGAGCCCGAGGACCAUUUGAAAUCAUUCGAAACGUUACGUGAAUCUCCAAUACAGUGGCCAGAACGAUUUCCCGGAAUGGAUGAGUUUCUGAACAUGAGUGAUACGCCCAUACACACACCAAAUAGAGACUGCACACACACAUUAACCACUGAGGAUAUGGCCAGGAUCAAUCAGUUGGCUGCUUUAACGCCUGAUCAAUUAAUUGCCAAAAUCAGAUCCAUGCAUGACGAAAUCUAUCAACUUGGUCUGCGCGAGGCCAAGGAAAUGACUAGAGGCAAGCUUUUAGGUAUUUUUGAUCGUUUUCCGAAAAAUCGAAAGCCCAAGGACAGUUCGUAAGAUCAGCUAAUUAGUUUAUAAACAACAGACCACCAAAGGGAAAUCAAUCUUAGCGGUCAAAUUUUAGCCUUAAUACCCUAGCCCUGAACAGUUUAUAUAAAGGUAUGAAUUUACCUUUCCACAGUUGUAAUACACUUCGUUAUUUAUGCUGAAGUUUGUAACGACAUUUAAGUAGAGCACAGUAUAGAACAAUUCAAAUAUAACCUGAUAAUCAUAAGCUAUUCCCUUAAAACUAAUUGCAAGCUUAAAAAUAAGUUCAUUCAAUAUUUAGGCCACUCCCGACCAGCUCAUCCUCAAAUUCGUGUGCGAUGCAUGGCAAAAUUUAUCAACUAAGCUUGUACAAAGGCACAUUAAUAACAAUGCUGCAAAUGAAAGCAUGUCUUUUCGUUUAAUUUUCCAUCCCAGUCUAUAUAAAUGUAUUUAUAAGACCACGUUUGUAUGAACUAUAGGAUAAUUGUUGUUAGCUGUCAACUGAAUGUAAAUAAAAAGACUUAUGUAUAUAAGAAAGUUCAGAUACGA